AUGCUACAAGCAACGUGCAAUGCAAGCUCAUGGAUCCAUUUGACCAUUGUCCAUCAUAUGGAACGUAUUUACUCUACUCUUACUCAUUCCGGUGUCCAUUGUUCUCCAUACGGAAACUCUUUUGCUAUGAUCCGUUUCGUUAUAUUGUGUUCGGUCUUCAUUGGUGCAGUAUCGAUUUCGUCUCAUCAAAACUCAAGUGCUAUUUCGGGCGAUGAAUAUUUGAAACUUAAUCAAAAUGAGUGUUUUGUUUCACAUAAUAUUGGCUCUUGCUUUAAAUAUCGACUAGCUAGAAUUCUAUGGAAACUUGCUACAAACAAUUUGGGAUAUUUUCCCAAUGAGAACAGUCGGGAUUUGACAUCAAAUGCAACAAGGAUAAUACGAUUGGUUCAUCUUUCGGUACCGAGUAAUUUGUUGUUGGGUGUUGAUGCGAGACAAUUAAAAGAUGAUAAUGAAAUAACAAAAUUAAUGAAAUUUCUUCAACGCACAACAGAGCUAUUCGCACGAAGUCAUGGAAUUCAAAUUGAAAUUUCUGGUGAGGGUGGCACAAGAAUAACCAGUGAGGACGAUUCCAUCAUGGAAGGUCGUGCACGUUUAUCUCGAGGUGAUAAAAAGAAAAGAAAAUGGCUCCUCAUUUUGCCAUUAAUUAUCUUAAUGAAAAUAGCCCAUUUGAAAAUGACAGUAGUGCCGUUGCUUUUGGCAACACUUGGUCUAAAUGUGGUUUUAAUUGGUGGCGGUGGAUGGUUAAUACACUAUUUGAAAUAUAAGACUUUGUGUAAAAUUCAUCCGCAUUAUAUUCAAACUCAAACACAUGUCUAUGAGACGGAUCCUAAUGACUAUUCAACAUUUUUGGGAAGCAGUGAUGUUUAUUCUAGUGGAAAUACUGGAUCGGGUUAUAAUACACCACAUGAUCAAGGACCUUGGAAUACGAGAAAGAAUUUUCAUGCAUAUGGUGGAUAUAGGGUCAACGAUAGGAUAAAUUAG